GAAAAGCUACUAAAUAUUAUUAGAUAGAUAAAAAUGUGUGAUAUGUUGGCGAGACCGGAGAAGCAAAAGUUUUCAACUGUGUUUGAAACAACUCAUUUGCGUAUAGGCUGCUGCAGUAUGCAAGGAUGGAGAAAAACGAUGGAGGAUGCGCAUGUGGCUCAAUUGAAUUUAAAUGGAAAAAAAACUCGUGCAUUUUUCGCAGUUUUUGACGGUCACCAAUCUGAUGAAGCUGCUCAUUACUGUCGAGCUCAUAUGCUUGAUGAAGUAAUAAAGGCAAUCAAUAAUACAAAUGGUGAAUAUAAGCAAUCAUUUGAAAAUGCAUUUCAUGCAAUCGAUGAACAAAUAUGUCGUAGGUUUCCUUCAAGUGGAACAGCAGCAAACUGUGUGCUUUUGAUGGAUAGAAAAAUAAUUUGCGCAAAUGUCGGCGAUAGUCGAGCAGUAUUAUUUUCUGAUGGAAAAGCAAUUCCUCUUAGCACUGAUCAUAAGCCAACUCUUCCAGAUGAGGAGGCUCGGAUUCGUCGAGCUGGAGCGCAAGUUGAGAAUGGAAGAGUAAAUAUGACAUUGGCGGUAAGCCGUGCCCUUGGUGAUGUUGAUUUUAAAACCAAUAAGGCAUUAUCUUGGAAAGAGCAAGCUGUUACAUCACUUCCUGAUGUGACUCAAUAUGAAAUUCAAAAAACUGCCGAGCUGAUCAUCUUAGGUUGUGAUGGUGUUUGGGAUGUACUUUCAAACCAAGAUUGCUGUCUUCUUGCCCAUAGGCUUCUUCAUGACAAUGAGACAAAGGAUUCAAAUUCUGUUGACAUUAGUCUUGUGUGUGAACAAAUAUUGGAUAUUUGUAUAGCUCAGUCUAACACAGCUAGAGUGGGUACUGACAAUAUGACAAUCAUAAUUGUCGAAUUCAAAGAGCCUUUUCUUCAUCAAUAAUUUUUUUUAGUUCAGAAGUGCAGUUCCUACCUUUACUUAUUUUCCAGUGUUCUGCAUAUCAAUUCGGGAGCUAAACAAAAUUGCAUAAGAAAUGUUAUCAUUAUCAAUCUUUUAUAUAUCAAAACGAUUUUAAAACUUGUUAUUUUAUCUAUGAGAUAUACGCAUUUCUGUUUCCUAAA